UGAAUCCAAAACCUUGAAAUGAAAGAACCAGUAAACUUCAAGCAUGUCAGUCUGACUCCACCACCACCUUUUAAUUGCAGGGGGAUAAAAUAAUUGGCGUGUGGAGUUCCUAAGUGCGCGUGUGAGAAAUGGUUAAAGACUUGAAGGGAUGCAGCCCUCAAAUGGUUAAGGACUGCAGCAGAAUUACACUUAUUUACACUAGAAGUGAGCUCUGACGAACUUCAUCCUGGCAGCAUCCCAAGCGAUAAAUACAAGAUUUUUGGUCGCCUUCUCUUCAAACCAAUUCCAGACAAUCUGUUAACCAGCUCGCAUCACACUGUGCAAUGUGUCAGCUCUUCAGCACCAGCUCCCUUGUGGGUCUUAACUGGAUACCACAUUUUGCUUUCCUCAGAGUUCUCUUCCUAUCUCGUGUAUUGAACUAGAAUCUCUUGUGUGCCUCUCAGCUCAAGAAGUUCCUCCUUUGUUGUCAGGGUAUAGUAGACCUGUGUGGAACUAUGUGUUUCUGUGUGUUCACACUGGUUCUGACUGCUGUCCUCCUUCACAGCUUCUAUCCUGCCAGAUUCUCCUGUUUGGGUGUGAGCACUGACAUAGUGAUCCGUGACCUGUUGCAGGAACCCCAAUCUCACUCCAUCUCCAUUAAUAAACCAGUCACCCGUCGCACAAGGGAGGCAGCAGGCCAGCCGGUGGGAGUGAUCAGCCCGGUGACUUGUAAAUCCCACCACCCGUCCAGGGACGUGUGGAACACCACUGUGGGUAAUGCGUCUGGAGAUUAUAGUUUAGAGAUCCAGUUCAGUAGAGAGCUCGGCUCUAGAGGGAGGGCAGCCAGUGCUCACACCCCAUUCAAUGCUACAAUUCAGGACUCUUUAUACAUCAAGAUCAUUGCACACAGCAAUGCCACACAACUCUCACUCUACGUGGACUCCUGCAUGAUAUCAACAGAGGAAGAUUCCUCAGUAUCCAUCACACUUCUUCACCAAGGCUGUUUAAAUAACAGAAGAGUGGCAGAGCACCCUAGUGGAAAUGGGAAGGAGAAGGUUUACUCAAUAAAACUGUCCUCAUUACCAAAGGGCACCUCACAGAUAUUUGUUACGUGUGAUGUCCAAUUGUGUCCUGAUGUGUGCAGCUCUGGCCCAUGCCUCCUGGGAUGUGCGUUGGUCAGUGGGACCGAAGCAGAGCAGCACAGCACACAGCGAGUCAGGGCAGGACCCAUCCACAUCAGGAGCAAAGAGGACCAGUUUGGUGAGGGUGGAGUACGACGGGUCUACCGUAACUAUGCAGCCAUGACGGUGGGGCUGGUGCUGGGAGGUGCGGUACUCUACGUGGUACUGGUUUUGGUAAAGAAAUCGUUUGCGGGGUUGUCGCACAGAAGCAUCAUUCGAUCCCGAGCCCGACUCACAGUGUGAGGAGGUGAGAAGCAAAGUGGACGCAACGGGGAGCAUGAAUUGUCUGGCCACGCACCACUGCAUCAAUGGGAUUCGGGGGCGAGUAAAGAGGCGUUUUUGUGUUUCCUUUGGAUCAGGACAUAAGUGGGGAGUGUUUUGUAUUUCUUGGGUUCGGGAUGUAAUUGGGAGGUAUUUUUUGGGGGUGAGCUCGGGACGUAAGAGGAGGUGAUUUGUGUUUUUUGGGUUCGGGAUGUAAGGGGGGGUGGUUUUAGGCUCUGGAUGUAAGGGGCUGUUUUGUGUUUUUUGAGCUUGGGACAUAAGGGGGAGGUGUUUUGUGUUUUUGGGGUUCAGGACGUAAGGGGGAAGAGGAGGUCAAGUCUGGUGAACCAUGUGCUGGUUGAGCCUGGGGAUCAAAUUAAGGUUUUGCAUAUGCUCAGUUGGGUGCAUUUGACUGGAAGCCCGUUGGGACCCACUCAUGCUUUUUCGGCGUGAGGUAAAAUAAACACGUUAU